AUGAAGGAGCUUAACGAGAUUCAAGAGCUCAUGGGAUGGCCCAAGGGACUGCUGGUGAUGACGGUGAUCAAAGGGACCCACCUGCCCAAGACGGAUACGAUCGGGCUGUGCGAUCCUUUCGUGACGAUUUCUCUUGGAGAGCAUUCCCUCAAGACCAGGCAUGUGAGAAAGACUCUCAACCCCACCUGGAACGAAGUCCUCGAGCUACCCGUCGACGAUGGUGAAGAAAUCAUCGGCAAGUACAUGCAGCUGAGUGAGAAGAGUCUUGCGGAUGCUAGAAGGACAGCUUGCUUAUCGGUCCAACUGUAUGAUUGGGAUGUCACAGGUAGCGAGCUGAUAGGACAAUGCACAAUCGAACUUUAUGCCCUCAUGGAGAAGAUCUCAAGGCCUGAUCGUUUGGGCUUCGACGGACAACGCACGAAACUGCUGGUCAGGUUUCGAUUCGUUCUGGACGAAGCAGCGGCCAAGGUCAAGGCAGCUGCGAGGCUUGCGAGAGAAGAGCGGGAGAGGAGAAGACGACUUGCCCUGGCGUUGGAGGAGGAAAGAAGAUUACAGAGUCAAAUCAUCGAAGAAAAUCUGCAAAGGCAGCUGGAGGCGAAGGAAAAAUUCCUUGCGCAGCUUCAAAGAGAGUCGAUGGUGUGCACUCCUGCUUUGAUUCGAUACGAAUCUCUCCCCUGCACAGCAGUCGCAGCAGGUGUGGGUCAUUCCUUGUUCAUCAACGAGAAUGGAGCUGUCUUGUCUUGUGGAUCUGGCGAGUGGGGCCAGCUGGGUCUCCUUCAACCAGGCGUGUCGGACGAGGACCGCGAGAUGGAGGACGAAGACUUCGUCUAUGAGCAGCUCGUGUCACGAGAGAUUCAUUUCCAUCCUUCCCUCUUCGGCAAUGGUCAAAUCAAGAUCGUCCAGGUGGCGGCAGGAGCGAGACACUCGAUGCUGUUGUCAGACUGCGGGAUGGUCUUGUCAUGUGGGGACGGAAGAUAUGGAGCUCUGGGGUAUGACGAGAGGGUGCAGAGGACGCCUAGAAGGUUUGCUGCUGUUGGCUGUUGCUUCCACGCAAAGGAGAUUGACAAUGUCUGGCAUUGUUGGCAGGGUGGACAAGAUCUCAGGGCGUGGGAGGAGCGUGAGCACGGGAGCGUACCACAGUCUGAUCUUGACGGACGGUGCGUCAGUCUCAACGUCCUGUUGGCGAUGUUGAGAGUUUGCGAGCAGACGGUCUACGCCUUUGGCAGCGGGGGGCAUGGACGGCUGGGGCUUGGAGAGGAGACAGACAAGAUUCUGCAGCCCACAAGGAUCCACGGCCUCCUCUCCUACUCCGUCAUGAUGGCGAGCGCAGGGGACUACCACUCGCUGUUCCUCACGAGCGAGCAGGAGGUUUUUGCCACAGGAAGCAAUCAGUUUGGUCAGCUGGGCCUCGCAUGGACGGGAAGAGAGGACAGAAAGAGAUACGUCCUGAGCCCUGUGAGGAUGGAAGCGAUGGUAGGAGUCGAGGUUGUGCAUGUCACUGCAGGUUCUUUGCACUCGCUCCUCGUCGGGAGGGAGGGAGACGUGUUCGCCUGUGGGUGCAACUUCAAUGGUCAGUGCGGAGGAGGAGACAAGUCCGCGUUGGAGGCUCCCACGAAGAUCAAGUUCCUUGAGGGGAUCAAGAUCAUCGCUGCGUCCGCUGGCACCAAGGUGAUAGGGAGGAUCCGGAACCAGUCGCUGGCCAAGGCGUGGGACGCGUGGCUGAGAGAGCUUGACGAGAGCUGCGACAUCUCUGAUUGGCUCAAUGAAGCUGCUGGGACCCAGCAGGAGGACAGCUGGUCGGAGGCGCUGGCGGAGGCGCAGACUCUGCUCACCUGGGUUUUCCGUGACAUGUGA